AGGACGUCCUAGACGAGGAAAGUUGAGCAUUUCGACGGACAGUUCUACAGAUGCUUAUAAUUUGUGCCGCACGAGAAACACCAUGGCUACUUGUGCUUCGUCAGAGGGGUCCCCAUCCGUUUAUUAAAAAAUUCUGCUAGCCACAACCCAUUAUUUACCGCCCGUCAGGAACUUCCAGAAAAAUGAACGAAGCUAGCGGCAAGCUGUCCGAUUUGUUGGCCUACUUCAAGAGAGAAACCGGAGACCGUCAAGCCAAAACGUUGUGGCGCCGAAUAAACGUCUCAGUGCGCAACAGCAAGUUCAUGCUGUUCCUGGUAUUCGUCAACAUGAUCACGGCGCUUGCGGACAUCUUGACGGCGGAGUCUUUGCACAACGCCCAGUUUGGGCUUCGGCUCAUUAUGGGGACGUGGGCAUCCGCCGCAUCGACUAUCAUAUUCACAUACCGCGGACAACUGAUGGGAACAGUCUUUCAACGCAUGGCUGACGUUUCCUCCAGCCUGGAGCAGCUUGAAGACAGCGUAAUCCAGGAUCGCUUUCGCCGCCAUUGCAAGCUCAUCUUGAGAGUGGUCAAAAUCUAUACGUUUCUCUCCAUACUGUCCAUGAGUGGUCUUGGCGAAUUUUCGGCGAGAGGACCGACAAACUGGCAGCGAGCGCUAAGUAAGCUGUUCCACCAGUGGAAGUACGGAGACCUGUCUCGCAUGCAGCUUGAUCCUCGAGACUCCAUCACAUCGUGGGUGUUCUACUUAGGCCUCUUAUUUCAGAUUGCGGCUCUGCCACCGGCGAUGGCGGCUUACUUCUUGCUCGCGUGCAUUGUGACCAUUCACAUGUCACUGGCUGAAGGCCACGCUGGUAUCGGGAGAGCUCUUAAGAUUGGCAAGUCGCUGUCUUUCUGUGCCAAUCUCCAGCGCAAUACGCUUGCAGCGGCGCUUGAAGCGGAUUACAUUUUGGCUGACCUCAUGCCCUUCUUCUGCGCGGGAAUUGUAGGCCUUCCGCUGUUUUCUAGCGUUGAGGUUGUGACCAAGGGCCUUCAUGCUGAUCUCUUCGCGUUCGUCAGUUGUCCACUUAUUCUGACAUCGUUUGCUGCCUUGUGCGAGGCCGGUGAUCGGCAAAGGGCAUUGCGGGGCGAUAUAGGAGAACGAGCGUUUUUCGGGCCCUGGCUCGGCGAGAGCCCACAGCAGCGAAGAGUCAGGAUCAGCAUGAUGCAGGUAAUCACGCGGGGACCUUCCCAAACGCCUGAAAGACACCCUACCGGACCCUGCCGUCAUGUUCCUGUACGUAGGCGUCGGAAGGCCGUGGCGGACUCCUGGGCGGCUACGGCAUGGGAAAGAUGGACCGGCCGGCCGCCAGUACGGUGGUCCAGACGUGGUUCAGCUACGUUCAAGUGGUCCUCAACGUGCAGCAGCAGAAGUAGCGGCUCGACCGUGCCGUCAGAGGACCCCGCUCAUGCCACACCACUCUCUGGAACUGCACUCGGAACUCGUCACGUUUAUUUUUCGGCUGUCGUGUGACGUCACUCGAAAACCUAUUUGUAGUAAUUUGCAUACAAUAUCACUGUCAUUCAUUUUGAGAUACAUUUGCUACAAUUUUUUGCGAUAUAACCGAGUUUGUGAUUCCCACGAUUUAUCGCACCCUGGAGUGCGAUGAUUCAAUGAUAAUUUUGCAAGAACCACCCCUUAAUUUUUGUGGAAUUUGUAAUUUCUCCUUUUGAAGCAACUUUUGUUUUAAAAACUUGGCUUUAACUUUUUUAUUGCACUUUCUUAGUGGGCAGCAGUACUUUCAUUGCAAAAUGUCGACAAUAUGUAGUUAUAGCAGUUUGAAUGACAGUGAUGUCUGUGCCAUGUGUACACAAGUGUGCGUUUUAUACACAGAAAGGUGUUUGCAGAACGUAUUUUUCGUAUCCCUUAAUAAAGGCAAGUACGUUGAGUUGUGUUUUCACAGCUAUGCUGGAAGGGAAUCGGAGGACGACAAAUGAAAUGUUGGAAGCCAUCAUGUCAAAGAACACACGGAGAUUCCAAACGCUACGAAUAUAGCACGUAUAGCGCACUCCACCAAUGCACUAAGAUAUCGCUGCAUACGUGCAAUGCCAUAGCCAGGACUCGAGUAAUGCUCCAAAAAAAUUGUGU